CUCUAACUGCUGCCACACUCCGCCUCCGCCUCCGCGUCUGUCUGUCUGCUGUCGGUCUGUCAGUCCCACUGCAUGCAAAGAAAACUGUCAUGGAAAAAGUUUAUGCGCAUCCGUCACACCCAGCAUCUGCGGGAAUGAAUCCAAAUCACAGACUGACCGAGUGACGGCUACCAGCAAGACGGCGCGGCGGGGGUCUUUCUUGCCAGGACAGCCGACACUACUUACCACAAGACUCCCAUUGCCGCCCACCCGGCUCGUUUCGGAAAAGUGCGGUGCCAAGACUCUACGGCCCGGAAUUUUCGACAUCAUCAGUCAAGCAUCUACUCGCAGUGCAAUUGUUCCAAACAUCGUCGUGAAGCACUCCCUCACUUCGCCGCCCUCGGAUAUGCUCAAGCCUGCCUCGCUCCGCCCCAUAUCAAGAGGUCUUGCCCAGACUUCUUCAUCUCUCACAAAGUCUGCCACAUCAUGCUCAGGUAGACGCGCCCUGGCCACCGCCGUCGCCGAAGAAAAGGAUCCCGUCGAGCUCGAUCACAUCACUACUCUCCCCAAUGGCAUCCGCGUUGCUACCGAGGCUCUCCCCGGCCACUUUUCCGGUAUCGGUGUCUACGUCGAUGCCGGCUCGAGAUACGAAAACGAUGCGCUGCGAGGUGUGAGCCACAUCGCCGACCGCUUAGCUUUCAAAUCAACUACAUCCACAUCCGGAGACCAAGUGCUGGAGAAGAUUGACUCAUUAGGCGGCAAUAUACAAUGCGCCUCCUCGCGGGAAUCGCUCAUGUACCAGGCUGCCACCUUCAACUCGGCCGUCCCAACCACUGUCGGCCUUCUCGCAGAAACCAUCCGCGAUCCCCUGGUCACUGAGGAGGAAGUACAGCAGCAACUCGAGACGGCCGACUAUGAGAUUGGCGAAAUCUGGUCCAAGCCCGAACUUAUCUUGCCUGAACUGGUACACAUGGCUGCCUACAAGGAUAACACCUUGGGAAACCCGCUGCUGUGCCCAAAGGAACGUCUACCCCAUAUCAAUCGCGCCGUCAUAGAGGCUUACCGGAAGGAAUUCUACAAGCCUGAGCGCAUGGUUGUCGCGUUUGCUGGGGUGGAACACACUGAAGCUGUCCGGUUAGCAGAGCAAUACUUUGGCGACAUGGAGAAGUCGGCCGGCCCGUCUCUGAUCGACGUAGGGCAGACGGCUUCCUCGGACGCCUCCAGAGCCACAUUCACCGCCUCACAUCCGACCCCCACCGGUGCACCUCCGCAAACAUCCACUCUCCUCUCCAAGAUCCCCUUCUUCAAAAACAUCUCCACGUCUGCAGCUUCCAACGCCUCUGUGAACAGCUCAGCAUCCCUCGAUUUCCCACCAAUCGACACUUCGAUCCCGUCCCACUAUACUGGCGGUUUUCUCACCCUGCCUCCGAUCCCGCCUCCUCUAAACCCAGCCCUUCCGCGCCUAUCCCACAUUCACAUCGCUUUCGAGGCUCUUCCCGUUGCAUCCCCAGACAUCUACGCUCUUGCUACCCUACAAACUCUUCUCGGAGGUGGCGGUUCCUUCAGCGCUGGCGGACCUGGAAAGGGCAUGUACUCGCGCCUAUACACCAACGUGCUUAACCAGCACGGAUGGGUCGAAUCCUGCGUCUCCUUCAACCACUCGUACACCGACUCCGGCCUCUUUGGCAUCGCCGCAAGCUGCGCCCCCGCGCAGGUCAGCCAAAUGUUGGAAGUCAUGUGUCGCGAGCUCAACGCGCUGGGUCAAGAAACAGGCUACGCCGCGCUCAAACAGGGCGAGGUGCAGCGCGCCAAGAAUCAACUCCGCUCUUCACUGUUGAUGAAUCUUGAAUCGCGCAUGGUGGAGCUUGAGGAUCUGGGUAGACAGGUCCAGGUUCAUGGGAGGAAGGUCGGCGUCAAGGAAAUGUGCGCCAAAAUCGAUGCUGUUACCAUCGCCGACCUGAGGCGCGUCGCGAGACAAGUGUUUGGCGGCGACGUACACAAUUCUGGAGAAGGUAGUGGAGCACCGACUGUUGUUCUUCAAGAAGGCGAGCAGGAGGGCCUCAAGAGGAAGGACUUCUCGUGGGACGAAAUCCAGACUAGGAUUGCGAGGUGGAAGUUGGGCAGGCGGUAG